AAUAUGACAUAGCACUUUUAUGUAGUGAUUAUAAUUUUACGUAAUAGAAAUAGCGAAUUUACUAUAGCAAUUGUAUCGCCAUGAAUAGAAUAGUGAUAUUUGGAGCUACGGGAAAUACAGGAUUAUGUGCUUUAAAUAGUGCUGUAAAUAAGGGAUUAAAUAUAAAGGUAUUUGUGAGAGAUGAAAACAAAGUUCCAAUGAAUUUAAAAAAUAAAAUUGAAAUAAUUAUUGGAGAUGUUACUAACAAAGAACAAGUUUCAAAUGCAAUAUCUAAUACAGAUGCAGUGGUUGUUGUGCUUGGUACACGAAAUGAUUUAAGUCCAACCACAAUAUUGUCUACUGGUAUGAAAAAUAUAAUAGAUGCUAUGAAAAUGCACAGUGUAGAAGUAGUAUCUGUUUGUUUAUCUGCAUUUUUAUUUUAUAAACCUGAAACAGUACCUAAUAUAUUUAAAGAUUUAAAUGCAGAUCAUCAACGUAUGUUUGAUCUUCUUAAAGAAAGUCAAUUAAAAUGGAUUGCAGUAUUACCACCUCAUAUUGCAGAUGUACCAAAUUCAAAAUAUAUAGUGAAAUAUAAUGAAUCUCCAGGUCGAGCUAUUUCCAAACAUGAUUUAGGUGCUUUUCUUAUUGAAAGUCUUCAACAAACAGAACAUUAUCAAAAAGUUUGUGGUAUUGCUAACACUGCAUAAUAUAACAAAAAAUAUUUUGUAAUAUGUAAAAAACUUAAAAGUAUUUUAUAAAAUUUUGUUUAUUUUUGAGAUAUAAAAAAGUAAAUAAUAAAUUUAAAAAUUUACUAUGUUUAAUUUGUACAAAAGAAAUUGUUAAUUUUUUUAGAGAAUAUCUACGUUUUUAAAUAUCUAUUGGAAUGAUUGUAAAUUAUGAUUUGUAAUAUAUGAAUGACAUGUAUGCAUGAGAAACAUUUCUACAUUUAAAAGCAAUUAAAAUUAAAAUUAAAAAAAUAAUUUUCUAGAUAAAUAAAUAAAUAAUAUACAUAA